GGGUGGCGGCGGGGCCCGCUUGCUUCGGAGCCUCCCGCGCCAGGCCCAGCGCUGCGCCUCAGCCCCAGCUGUAGCAUGGGCCGCUCCCGGCACGUGGGCUGGGUGGCGGCGGGCCUGGUCCUCGGGGCCGGCGCCUGCUACUGCAUUUACAAGCUCACGCGGGGCCAGCGGCAAGGCGACCGCGGGCUUAGGCUGCGCCCCUCGCGCUCCGCAGAAGAUUUAACCGAUGGUUCAUACGAUGAUAUACUAAAUGUUGACCAGCUUCAGAAACUCCUCUACCUGCUUGAGUCCACUGAUGAUCCUAUAAUUAUCGAAAGAGCUUUGGUCACUCUGGGUAACAAUGCAGCCUUUUCAGCUAACCAAGUCAUUAUUCGUGAAUUGGGUGGUAUUCCAAUCAUUGGAAGCAAAAUCAAUAAUCCCAACCACAGUAUUAAAGAGAAGGCUUUAAAUGCACUGAAUAACCUGAGUGUGAAUGUUGAAAAUCAAGUGAAGAUAAAGGUAUACAUCAAUCAAGUUUGUAAGGAUGUCCUCUCUGGUCCCCUGGACUCUGCUGUGCAGCUGGCUGGACUGAGAUUGUUAACAAACAUGACAGUUACAAACGACCACCAGCACAUGCUUCACAAUUACAUUACAGACCUGUUCCAUGUGUUGCUUACAGGAAAUGGAAGUACCAAGGUUCAAGUUUUGAAGCUGCUUGUGAAUUUAUCUGAAAAUCCAGCCAUGGCAGAAGGACUACUUGGUGCCCAAGUGGAUUCAUCAUUUCUUUCCCUUUAUGACGGCCAUGUGGCAAAGGAGAUCCUUCUUCGGGUUCUUACGCUAUUUCAGAACAUAAAUAACUGCUGCAAAAAAGAAGGCUGUUCAGCUAUGCAGCCUACUUUCCCUAAAGGUUCACUGUUUUUCCUGUUAUACGGAGAAGAAUGUGCCCAGAAAAUGAGAGCUUUAGUUGAUCACCAUGAUGCAGACGUGAAGGAAAAGGUAACAGUAUUACCAAAAUUCUAAUUGGUCCUAUUUUUCAUCUUCCUUACCAAGGGAGCUGAAAUUCUUUUCACCUGCUGAAUUUAAAUGGUAAUUUCCUCAUUAACACAACAUUUCAACAUUAACACAACAUAACUUGCCAUGGUCUUCUGGUUUAUUUUGAACCAUUUUAUUGAUACCAAAUGAAGAGCUUGUUCUGAAAGCAUGUCUUUUUAUUUUGCCGUUUGUGGAGUUUACUUCAAUUAUUUCCUCUACGUGACAUGACAGUUUUCUUUUUUAUGUGUAAGCUAACCUGCCCUUAGAAGUGAUGUGCAGUUACUUGUCUGAGACCCCAUUAGUGUGUGAUUAAUUAGUUCGUCGGGGCUGCUGCAGGAAUGACCUUGUUCUCGUGGUAGAGUUCCUGAGCCUUUGAGGCCACCCCCCAGCCCAGCCAUACCACAUGCUUCCAGAAGUCUGUUCCCAGCAUUAGAGUUUAGUCUGAGUUGGUGAAAACUCUCCCCGUCCUUACCACUCCCACUCAGUACACCAGCCUGUGAAGAUGCCGUGUAU